GUUGUACUAAAACUGAGAAAAGGUGGAUAAAUAUCAAGUGAUUUCAACAUGUGAGCAAACCAAGGAAAACCCAUAUAAGUUUAAUUCUCUCUAUCAAGAACUAAAGGAGCAAUGAACAGGCUUUCACAUCUGAUCCAACCAAGAAUCCACCUUGAGGCUUCAGCAUUCUUUAAGAGAUCAUACUACAUGUGGUUAAACUUUGUAUUCAACAGAGUUGAUACAAGUAGAAUAGAGGAAUUUGGUCCUGACAGAGUUGCUGCUGAAUGGGUGUUGAGGAAUGGAGGUGGCAUCAAAUUUAUGCAGCAAAAUAAAUGGAUCUGGAACUACAAUGCCCUUGAAAUGGGUCCAACAGAAAAGUUUAAACUACAAAAGAUUGAUGGAAAAGGGACAUGCAUUACGACUGGUGGCCUGGAACACUUAGUUGGUCUUGAGCAUCUUGACUAUCUAAGUCUACAUGACUGUAAGUAUGUGACUGAUGUCACCAAGAUCCAACAUGUUAAGGAAACACUCUUGGACCUCGACAUUGCUAACUGCUCUGCAAUAACUGAUAUAAUGCCUCUUGGUCAGCUCAAAAUCUUGAAAAGACUGAAUAUAUCUGGAACUACAAGAAUAAAAAACAGACAAGAUGCCAUACAAGAUCUUCAGAAAAUUCUACCACAAUGUGAAAUAAUAUCUGAGUAACAAAGCAGUGAAAAAUAGUUUUCAUUUCCACACUACAUAUGUACAAACAAAUACAAGGAUCUUUUUGAUUUAAAUAAACGUUAAACCAGUGUGACUGGACYCAUAA